CACCUCAAGAGGGCAAUGAGGCUUUGGCCACGGGGCAGCAGAUGCUGGUGCCACGCAGGGCUCGAGACACAGCUCGUGGGUGAUUAGUGAAGGACAGGCUGUCGCAUCACUAUUUCUUUUUCUUGAAAAUGUCCCCUUUCACCCCACAGGUUUAAAGCCUGCCCCAUCGAACCUUUUCACCUGCCAGCUCUUGUGAACUGCAGUGGGAUGUGGAGGGGAUGGCAUCUCCUGCAGGCCCAGCAGGGACCCCACCUGCCCAUUUUCUUGCUCACACAGGUAAAGAAGGCUCAAAUCGCCUCCUGAGGAAGAAUCAGCAGGCAGGCAGGCUCAGGAGAUUAGGACCUAAGGCGCAGGGGAGUGUCCUGAUCACCAAGUCAUACUUUCCUGGUGCUGUCAUCUAUGCCAAGGGGCUGCUGUAAGGCAAGAAGAUCUUUGCUGUGUGCUCAGAGACCAGGUUGGAAGGAUGGUAAGGCUGAUCUUGCACAAAGAGGAAAUUUGGCUUGUCUCUUUGCAUGUUUUUCAUGGCAGUAAAAACAAGACAAAUCUGGGAGGUUCCCCACUAUGGAAGCUUGGGGCAUCAGCAUCUCCCUGAAUGCUGGUCCUCAUUGUUCCCUCCAUGGGAAGCACAGUUUGCACUCCCCUCCAGGCCCUCCCCCUCACCAGCGUGGCCCCCAUGGCCUCUCCAUCCCAGUUUUCCUUCCAGCCAUUUUGAUGUCAUGUUCCAGCGUGGUGUUGAAAUGAAAGAAAAAUGCUCAUGCUAGGAGAGUUUCUGUGUUAUAUGUACAAUCAGCAGUGCUGCUAAUCACUUCUGAAAUUUUCUGUUCUUUUGUGCUCAAAGCCAUCAUUAAAGCUUCAUGAGAAAUUAGUCAUUCUUUUUCACUUGUGGCUGGCCCGGGUUUUGCCUUUGGGUUUGAUUUUGUGAGCAGUCUGAGCCAUCCUCACCAAAAUGGGUUGAUUCAAAGCAGCCACUUGCUCUUUGAGCCACAUUUCACUAAAUGAGCUUGGACUGGCUUUUUCCCCCUACCUCACUGUGGCAACUAUUUCAUCUUUAGGAUUAACACCGGCUUUCACACACGAGGCAAAGCCACGGAAUGGCCGUGAGGGGCUUUCUCUCUGUGACAGAGAGGAGCUGUCAUGCUCUCCGCCUGUCACAGGCAGGGCGAUGGCCGGCACGGCCUCUCCUCGGGCACCAGCAGCUGAUUCCCAGCCCUGGACGCCAGCAGAGAACGAGGCCGCUCCACUGAGAGCAUGGGGAAGGUGAACUCAACAUGGCAAAUCUAGCGAGAGGAAACGCCUCAGCUAGCGGCGGGAGCGAGGCCCUGGGGCCGGGUUCCCCCUGGCCCGACCCCUGGUGCUGGAUUUCUCCUCCCGCUGCGAGCCCCGGCUGUCGAAGCCCCGCACGGAGCCGAGUUACAGACCUGCCAAGGCUAUGAGAGAACGCAGCCAGCAGAGCCUCGGUGGACACGUCCUGUAUGUAGGGUUAUUCAGACAUCCAGGAAUGCUGCACAGGGCUAAGUACAGCCGAUUCAGGAAUGAUUCCAUAACCUCCCUAGAUGAAGGUACACAAAAUACGUCUUUAAGUAUCAAAGGUUCUUCCUCCUCUUCCCAUUCUUCAACGCCCAAUUUACUGACAGAAGAUGUCUCCUUGGGGCCACAGGACACCUGCACCACGCUGUGCACGCUGAUCCCCCGGAUGGCCAACAUUAAACUCGCCAACCCGUCCAAUCUGCCGGGCCUGAAAAGCUUCUGCCUGGGAGCCAAAGAGGUGCCGCGAAUCAAACUCACGGAGUGCGUCACCAUCCCGAGCAGCCCCACCUCGCCGGAGAUCAGCUGCCUGUCAGCCUCGUACCCCCAGCCCGACCUGGACAAGCUGGUCCUUGCCCCAAAGGCAGCGGGCGACUGUGCUGUGCGGGGCGCUGAGGAGGCCGCUGCUGCGGGCAGGCAGGACAGGGGCCUGGCCCAGAGCAAUGGAAGCACGUACAGCCAGGAGCCAGGAACCACCUACAGCGUGCGGUACAUGGGCUGUAUUGAGGUGCUGCAGUCGAUGAGAUCCCUGGACUUUGGCACACGAACACAAGUCACCAGGGAAGCAAUAAGCCGACUGUGUGAAGCUGUGUCGGGUACAAAUGGAGCUAUAAAAAAGCGGAAGCCUCCAGUGAAGUUUCUGUCUUCUGUACUUGGCAAAAGUAACCUUCAGUUUUCUGGCAUGAAUAUAAAGCUGACCAUUUCAACAAGCAGCCUCACUUUGAUUAAUGCUGACACUCAGCAGAUUAUUGCCAACCAUCACAUGCAGUCCAUCUCAUUUGCUUCUGGAGGUGACCCAGAUACAACAGACUACGUGGCAUAUGUAGCAAAAGACCCUGUCAAUCAGAGAGCAUGCCACAUCCUGGAAUGUCCCAAUGGGAUGGCACAGGAGGUGAUCAACACCAUAGGGCAGGCUUUUGAGCUCCGGUUCAGACAGUACCUGAAGAACCCAUCUAGCCUGGUUACAUCUAAUGAAAGUGAGGCAGCAAAUGCUAAUGGAUCAUCUGGGAAUUCACAGGAGAGGGAGGAUCAUCAUGAAUAUUACAAUGAAAUUCCAGGGAAGGAGCCUCCCACCGGUGGAGUGUUAGACAUGCGAAUGAAAGUGCAGACAGACCCAAGGGCCAAGUGUCCCGUCCAGUGCAAAAAGCAGUAUUGCUCAACAGGCAGCCCAACCUUCAUCAAUAUAUAUGAAAAUUGUCCAGAAGAAAACAAAACUGUGGGUAAUGGUGAUGAGAGAUCACAGAAGACAAUAAAAGAGGCACCCUCAUUGAAACCUGCCUACAAAGCAGAUCUCUUUGAUGAUCCAUGUUACAUCAACACCCAGUCCCUGCAGUCUGCAGCCUGCGCAGCCCGAGGUCCAGCAACAGCACAGAUCCCUGGGAGCCCUCUGCGCCAGGCCAAGUUACCGGAACCUGUUCAGCAGAGUGCCACAAGCAACGCAGCUGGUCUCUGUGCUCUGCCACAAAUAAAGCAACAGCUAAAGAAUGAAGAUUGUUACCAUGGCAAAUUGAACAGGAAAGCAGCAGAGAGCCUCUUAGUCAACGACGGGGAUUUUCUGGUACGAGAAAGCACAACCUCACCCGGUCAGUAUGUCCUCAGUGGACUUCAGGGAGGGCAGGCAAAGCAUCUACUCUUGGUGGAUCCUGAGGGCAAGGUGAGAACCAAAGAUCAUGUAUUUGAUAGUGUGGGUCAUCUUAUUCAGUAUCACAUGGAAAAUAAUUUGCCAAUCAUCUCUUCUGGAAGUGAAGUGAGCUUGAAGCAGCCUGUAAGGAAAGAGAGUAAUAUGGGACAUAUGCAGUAUCACAAAUAAUCCCUUGGAUCUCACGAAUCCCUAGACAAUUCAUACCUGAACUUUCUAUUAUGAAGACAAGUCAAAAAAGUAUAGACUGCACUUUCUGCUGCUGUUCCAGAAGAAGCCCUUUUGUGUGUGUAUGUAUGAAUAUAUGUAUAUGUGUAUAUCUAUGUAGAUCUAUAGAGAUCAACAAGCAUAGUUAUAUAGAUACAUAUAAUCUUAAUCUUAACAAAAUUACACCUUCAGAGUGUGAGAUUCAUUUGUGAGAAGGUAUUUUAGACAUGCACAAAUGUCACUUUCAAGGUCAUACUGAAUCAGUAACUAUUGAAAAGCACAAUUAAAACUCUACAUACAAAAGCUCACUUGAAAGAACUGCUGGAACAUUAGUAUGUGCCUUUUAGCAUAGAAUUAUUGAAACCAAUGUUAUUUAUACUGAAUUAGUUUUGGGUGGUUAAACAAACAUGUCUAUGCUUUUAACUAUUUGCCAAAAACAAGUACAAUUUGAAUAUUACUAAAAUGUCAUCUUCUUUCAAUAGACACUAACAAUUUCAUUUUGCUUGUAACAGCACUUUACUAGCAAGUAACAUUUGAAAUGAAUAGCAUUCACAAUACAGAAAGGUUGUCCAGUUUCUUAACAAUUUUUUGUCACUGUCUGACUACUCAAAGAUUUGAGAUUACGAACAUUUACAAAGUUGAAUUUAAUAUAUGUAACAUAAUUUUGGAAUAGAACUUGUUAAGGGACAAGCAUGCUAGAUCUUAAUAUUUUUGUCUUGCAUAUGAUUUUACUAUUAUUAUCACUUAAUACUGGAAACAUCUUUUUAAAGGUAGGCUAAAUAUAUUUUCAUUGAUUACAUAGUUGUUUACAAACUAGAAAAGCUGAACAAAACUAAUGAUACAUUUUGGGAGAAAACUAUUUAAAAGAUGUUUGAACUUUGCAUGUGUCCUUAGUCAGUGUUCUUUCCAAAACAAGAUAGUUUUCCCCUCUUCACAUAGAGUCCAUUUGUUCCUAAACAUGGAAAAAUCUUUCAAAAGAAAUCUAUUAAUUGUUUUGCCACAAUAAAUACUCUAAACAUGAACCAUCCUAUAUUCAGAGUGAACAGUGAUUUAUUUGGCUUCCUGUUGAAGAAACAGUGAUUUAAUAAGUGACUGAUGAAAGGCAGGGGAGAUUUGGGGAAUGAACUGGUAGUCCAGGUGAUGGCCUGAGGGAAACGGUGCAUUUAAGACAAGCAAUGUUCUCUGGCAUGAACAGACAUAAUUCUCUCUGUAUCCCAGCCCACCGGCUCAGUUCCUAAGGCAGACAAUUGUGGAGUUCAGCAGUUGCUGGAAAUUUUGACCAUAAAAAAAUACAUUGUUUGUUUGCCAGUGGUCAUGGUAAAUGGAACGCUGUAGUAUGAGCUCUUUCCUCUAGAAAACAAGAGGAGAGGUCUUAUAAAAUUAUGGAAGACAAGGUUCCUUGGAGGGGAAAAUAUAAUGUAAAGUGCCACACUUAGAGCCUACUAGAAAACACCUUUAUAUUUAUCCUGAGCUAAUAGCCAUAAAAAUACAUUUAAUUCUUUGAUAUUAAUAUGAUUAAACUACUCAAUUACAUACACUGAAGCAGUGAGAAGGUUUAAAACAUUAGUAGUUGAUUUCCUUGCUAACAGUCUGGCAUUUUUGAUACCCUGAGCCUUCAGGGCUAGCAGCCCAAACUUCUGCCCAUUCUAUUCUAAGCAAGGUGCUCACCUGUGAAGGCCUCCAGCAAGAGUUCAUGCUGGAGCUUUGUACCACGGCAAGAAACUGUAACUGGGAUAUCAACCCUCUGCAUAAUAUCCCUUCUAUUCUCAUAUCUUGGCAAACUUCAAAAUGUGCUUGAUAUGACUAUGGAGCGAGCAACGAAGCAAACCCAGCUACUUCUGUGGCAUGUCAAGUGGAGAGAAAGACCUGCUGUUUUGAUUUUUGCAUCAAAGCUGAGUUUUAUGACAGGUCAUAAAAGGAUAACGUGCAGAACUCCACCUCUAUUUUUAGUACAAAUCAAAGUUACUCAGGACUUAAAUAAUAGCAUUUGGAGCUGUGAUAGUAUGAGAUCAAAGUUUCUUGACUUUGCCAGUCAAGAUGCUGACUCAGGGACUUUUUUCACUUCAUCAGUUUUCACUUAACCAGUGAAUAAGGACAGCCAGAGCCAGUGUGUGAUGUGUAUCACAGGAUAAUGCAGUGUGUCUCUCUCUUUGAAUAUCACCAAUGUAAAAUGUUUAAAAGACCUGGAUCUUUGUUCUGAUGCUCCUGCAUAUUUUUUACGUGUCUGAAGCCAAGCGUGAAGUAAAAACGAAAGAAAGGGAGAAAAUUGGGUGCUAGAGCAAUAAAGGAGUAUAUAAAAAUCUUUUGAUGUGGAAGAAAGCAGAUAAUCCACUAAUUACAGAUAAAAAUCAAACACAAUGCAUCCAUGCAUUUUCCUAGAAUAAACUACAUUCAUUCUCAGUUUUUGGUUUUUAGCAUUUACAUGCCUUCAUUUAAGCUAUUAAUGCUGCUCUGUGGCCCAGAUGUCUCAUGUAAAAUACAGUGUCAGCUCCUCUGUGGAAGUCUUAGAAAUAAUCAUGCUAAAAAGAAAAAUAGUUUUCUGAAUUUUGGAAAGUCUCCAAAAUAUUGUUCUUGAGAAACUCAAUAUGAAUUUUCAGACACAUUUAAACCCUUUUUGUUCUUGUUUGAGUUAUUUAAUGCCUGUAAAAAUUAUGAGAACUGGUUAAUCUCUGUUCGAAUGGUUACUAGAAUCCUCUAGCCAGGGAAAAAUGGCUGAUUUCAGCGAUAAUGUCACACGUUUACUAGACAUAGCAUGUUCCUUCCUUUUCAAACUUCUAUAAAUUUCACUGAAACACAUGAACUGUUUGCUCCCAUCAAUAAAAAUCCUCUAACAACUGACCCAAAUGUCUCUGCCCCGGGGUCUUUUCCCGCUGUCCGGGCUGAGGGCGAGGCACCAGGUGGGGCUGUUACAAGCGGAACCAACUCUGCGUCAGAAUUGCUUCCUGCCCGCGACUCUGCGCAAUAAAUCUGCUCCUUCUGAGGAGGUUUUAAUUUUUUAAAGCGAAUGAGCUCUGGAAGCAGAGCGGGUUCGCGAGCAGCCAAGCGCAGGCUGCCUGUGGCAGGGGCUCGCACAGGAGCGGUGACCGCGCGCUCCCUCAGCGCCAU